CAUAGCCCUAACUUCUAGUCAUUCACCAAAAUUAAACUAGAUGUUUCAUUGGUUAAAAUAGGAAGUUUUGUGGUUAGUUUGAUCAUGCAGUAGUGCAUUUCUUAAUUAUUAUUGUUUUUGUUAUAUUGUAGGGGCUGAAAAUCUCUUGAACGAACAUAGAUUGUUGUUCUCUUUCUUGCAAUGACUUCUUCGUCUUCAUUUUCUACAUGUACAUUACACGGCUCCGUGUCCGGCCCUAAAUCAAUGAAGUGCUACAGAGAGUUCAUUUUCAAUUGUUCGAGUCUCUUCAAACAAUCGUCUAACCCUAGGUUAAUUGCUCUAUGUGCUGACCUAACACAAUCAAGGUUUUUGUCUAAUGUGAAAUCAAUAAAUUGGGAACAAAGUGGGAGGCUCUUACCAAUAAAUAGAGUCCAAUGUCAAGCACUGAAAGUUGAAAAUAAGAUUUCAUUUUCAGUUGGGAAUAAAUUUCAACUCAAUGAUGUGAUUGAAGCUCAGCAAUUCGAUAGAGAUAUUCUUAGUGCUAUUUUUGAAGUGGCGCGUGAGAUGGAGAAGGUCGAGAAGAACUCAGCUGGCAGCCAAAUUCUGAAGGGGUUUUUAAUGGCUACCCUCUUUUACGAGCCCUCAACUAGAACUAGGCUUUCUUUCGAGUCUGCUAUGAAACGGUUGGGCGGGGAAGUUUUGACAACAGAAAAUGCUAGGGAGUUUUCGUCCGCUGCAAAAGGGGAGAUGCUUGAAGGUAGUUUUUCAAAUGCUUAAUUUUAGGUGCUUAAUUCGUUGCCUUGUGGUUCUAAUUUUGAAGCUUGAUUUGCAGAUAGUAUAAGAACAGUUGAAGGGUACUCGGAUAUAAUUGUGAUGAGGCACUUUGAAAGUGGUGCUGCUCAAAGAGCAGCAGCCACUGCCAGUAUUCCUGUUAUUAAUGCAGGGGAUGGUCCAGGACAGCAUCCAACUCAAGUAAGCAUGAUUUUUGUUUUAAACGCAAUCCUCUGGUAGAUAAUUGAAGUUGUUUGCUUGAAUUUGUUCAUGAAAACCCUUCAGACUAUCUUUAGUUAGAUUCUUCUACAUAUUGAAGUUGAAUACUGACAUGAUAUUGAAGUUGUUUGCUUGAUGUAGGAGUUUUGGGCUUAAAAAAUUGAUGUCUGUUUUGCGUGCAUUUCUGUAUGUUCACUAUCUGUUUGUACAAAUGUAACAUCCAAACCUUGAGUUAACUUUCAAUUGAUCUAAGCACUGUUCAAUAUUUGUGUUUCAUCGUCAGUCAUCCAUAACA